AGACAAGGGGACUUAAAGAAAGGGUGGGGUUUGCAUCGUCCGACCUCCCCGUCUCUUGAAUAUUCACGAGACGCAUGCGUCCUCACCCCCCCUCACUCCCCAAACGUGCUGUAUAGAUGGAACAGUCACUCGCAGACGGCGUUUUCUUAGCUCGUGUGUAUUGUGUUGCAGCUGAUUAGCAAAAAAAGAAUAAGAACAAUAAUAAUAAAGGCUGCAGAAGGAUAAAGUGAUAAAAGGAGGCAGGCUGUUUUGCAUUUGAAAUCUGUGCUUUACUGAAAAAAAAGUGUUGUUCUCCACUCGUGCAUGUUCAAAUCGGAGGAGUAUAUUAGAGCCGUGAGUCGGCCGGAGUUUUAGUUUCAAAGCAAGCAGCAACACCAGAAAGAAGAGGCAUGAUUUUAAAACGGAGUUCAUUCCUUGCUGCUCUUUCUUUGCACGUCGUUUUAUUUUGCUUGCGAGCCAAGGUGUCGCUAGCAUCAGGGUCGUUCGAGCUGCAGAUCUUAUCGAUGCAGAAUGUGAAUGGCGAGUUACAAAACGGGAUGUGUUGCGAUGGCACUAGGAAUGCAGCAGACCGAAAAUGCAUGAGAGAUGAAUGUGAUACUUAUUUCAAAGUCUGCUUGAAGGAAUACCAGUCCAGGGUUUCUGCUGAGGGGGCAUGCAGCUUCGGAUCUGGAUCUACGUCUGUCAUCGGGGGAAAUACAUUUUCUUUGAAGAACAUCAAGCGGAAUGAGAAAUCCAGGAUAGUAUUGCCUUUCACUUUUGCUUGGCCGAGAUCCUACACACUGAUAGUGGAAGCCUUGGACUUCAAUAAUGACACUACUAAUAACAACCCUGGGGGAGAGCUGAUCGAAAAGGCUGUGCACUCUGGCAUGAUCAACCCCAACCGUCAGUGGCAAACGCUGAAACACAACGGGGCCGCGGCCCAGUUCGAGUACCAGAUCCGCGUCACCUGCGACGAGCACUACUACGGCUUCGGCUGCAAUAAGUUUUGCCGGCCGAGGGAUGAAUUCUUUGGGCACUACACUUGCGAUCACAACGGCAACAAGACCUGCCUGGAAGGAUGGUCAGGACCCGAUUGCAGCAAAGCGAUCUGCCGUCAGGGCUGCAGCAGUGAGCAUGGCUCCUGUAAGUUACCCGGACAGUGCAGAUGUCUGUACGGCUGGCAGGGAGAUAUAUGCGAUAAGUGCAUUCCGCACCCAGGAUGCGUUCAUGGCACUUGCAUCGAACCUUGGCAGUGCCUUUGUGAAACCAACUGGGGUGGUCAGCUCUGUGACAAAGAUCUGAACUACUGUGGGACGCACCAGCCUUGUUUGAACGGAGGAACGUGCAGCAAUACUGGGCCAGACAAAUACCAGUGUUCCUGUCCUGAGGGGUACUCGGGAGUCAACUGUGAAAGGGCGGAGCGUGCUUGCCUGUCCGAUCCCUGCUUCAACGGAGGAAGUUGUGUUGAGACGAGCUCCGGGUUCGAGUGCCAGUGUGCUCCUGGAUGGAGUGGACCAUCCUGCAUGACUAAUGUCGAUGACUGUGCCACUAAUCCGUGCAAUCAUGGUGGUACCUGCCAAGACCUGGUUAAUGGAUUUAAGUGCAGUUGCCCACCACAGUGGACAGGAAAAACAUGCUUGAUUGAUGCCAAUGAAUGUGACGGCCAGCCUUGUGUAAAUGCCAACAGCUGUCGCAACCUGAUUGGUGGAUACUUCUGCGAGUGUAUCCCAGGGUGGACUGGACAAAACUGUGACAUCAACGUGAACGACUGCAAGGGGCAGUGUCAGAACGGAGGCACCUGCAAGGAUUUGGUUAAUGGUUAUCGUUGUGUCUGUCCAGCCGGCUAUGCAGGCGAGCACUGUGAGAGGGACAUCAAUGAAUGCGCAAGCAGUCCCUGCCUGAAUGGCGGCCGCUGCCAGGAUGAAGUGAAUGGAUUCCAGUGCCUGUGUCUUGCCGGUUACUCAGGCAACCUCUGUCAGCUGGAUAUUGAUUACUGUGAACCAAACCCGUGUCAGAAUGGAGCGCAGUGCUACAACCUCGCCACUGACUACUUCUGUAAAUGCCCUGAAGACUAUGAGGGAAAGAACUGUUCGCAUUUAAAAGACCACUGUCGUACGACACCCUGUGAAGUGAUUGAUAGCUGCACGGUUGCGGUCGCCUCAAACAGCACCCCUGAAGGUGUGCGCUACAUCUCCUCCAAUGUUUGUGGGCCCCAUGGGAGAUGCAAGAGUCAAGCUGGAGGCAAAUUUACCUGCGAGUGCAAGGAAGGCUUCACAGGAACCUACUGCCAUGAGAAUAUCAACGACUGUGAGAGCAACCCCUGCAGAAAUGGAGGGACAUGCAUCGAUAAAGUGAGCAUCUAUCAGUGCAUCUGCAGCGAUGGCUGGGAAGGCGUCCACUGUGAGACCAACAUUAACGACUGCAGGACAAACCCUUGCCACAAUGGAGGGACCUGUCGGGACUUGGUGAACGAUUUCUACUGCGAGUGCAAGAAUGGGUGGAAAGGAAAAACCUGCCACUCCCGUGAGAGCCAGUGCGACGAGGCGACGUGCAACAACGGAGGAACGUGUUACGACGAAGGAGACACCUUCAAAUGCAUGUGCUCACUGGGAUGGGAAGGAGCUACCUGCAAUAUAGCCAAAAACAGUAGCUGCCUGCCCAACCCCUGCGAGAAUGGGGGCACCUGUGUGGUGAGCGGGGAUUCGUUCACCUGUGUCUGCAAAGAAGGCUGGGAAGGGAGUACAUGCACACAGAACACCAAUGACUGCAGUCCACACCCCUGUUACAACAGCGGAACAUGUGUGGACGGUGACAAUUGGUACCGAUGUGAAUGUGCCCCGGGUUUUGCAGGUCCAGACUGUAGGAUCAAUAUCAAUGAAUGCCAAUCUUCCCCAUGUGCUUUUGGAGCCACAUGUGUGGAUGAGAUCAAUGGUUAUCAGUGCCUCUGUCCGCCUGAUCGCUCUGGACCCAGAUGUCAAGAAGUAAUCAGAAGGCCCUGUAUUGCCAGUGGUCGGGUUAUGUAUGAUGGGACCAAGUGGGUUGAAGACUGCAACACUUGCCGGUGUCAAAAUGGAAGAGUCUCCUGCACAAAGAUGUGGUGUGGCCCCAAGCCCUGCAGAGUUCAUGCUAAAGGCCGCACUGAGUGCUCCGCUGGUCAGACCUGUGUCCCCGUAAAAGCUGAUCACUGCUUUGUGCCACCUUGUGCUGAACAGGGGCAAUGCUGGCCUUCUGGACAAGAACCAGCUAAACCCAAAUGUCAUUCCAGCUCACAGUUCCUGGAUAACAGCUGCAUCAACAUAAUUUUCACCUUUAACAAGGAGAAAAUGGAACCAGGACUGACUACAGAACGCAUCUGUGUUGAGCUGAGGAAAUUGUACGUUAUGAAGAAUCUUUCAUCUGAGUUCUCCGUCUACAUGACCUGCGAACCUUCACUUUCUGCCAAUAAUGAGAUACAUGUCAGCGUAUCCACAGAUGACCUACGAAAAGACAAGAGUCCAAUUAAAGAGAUAACUAAUAGAAUAACUGACCUGGACAGCAAGCGUGAGGGAAACAACACCAUAAUAAAUGCGAUAGGAGAGGUGCGCAUACAAGAUAAGGACAACAAACAAGAUUACCUGGUGCCCUUGCUGAGCUCCAUCUUCAUCGUCCUGUGGAUCCUGGCUCUGGUCACGGCCUUCCUGUGGUGCGUGCGACGCCGGAGGAAGCAGAGCAGCCACACUCACACUGCCCAGGAGGACAACACCACCAACAACGUGCGCGAGCAGCUCAACCAGAUCAAAAACCCCAUAGAGAAGCACGCCGCCGGCACCAUCCCCAUCAAAGAUUACGAAAGCAAGAAUUCGAUAAUUGCCAAAAUUAGGACGCACAACUCGGAGAUGGAGGAAGACGAUACUGACAAACACCUGCAGAAGGCCAGGUUUGCCAAGCAGCCAGCGUACACACUGGUCGACAGAGAAGACAGAUCUCCUCACACCACUCCCACAAAAAACCCUAACUGGACAAACAAACAGGACAACAGAGACUUAGAAACUGCUCAGAGCUUAAACCGAAUGGAGUACAUUGUAUAGCAGAUGGCACUGCUGCCGAUGCAUCAACACUCACUGUAGGUGAUGCUCAGUUUGUAGUUCUUAAACUGUUGUGUCAUAUUUGAGUCUAAGGUUAUUAUUUACAUAGAAUCCCUGUGUUAAUUUAAGUUUUGACAAGCUGGCUUACACUGGCAAUGAUAGUUGCUGUGGUUGGCUGGAAUCCCAAGUGCUGCAUUUCACAUCUAUGCAAAACUAGUUCCUAGUGCCCUUUUCGAAAAUCGAGCUGCAGGUGUGUGUGUGAGUUGGGGUACAGUCAAGAGCAUUCGGGAGCUGAUCGGCCCAUCCCUUGGCUUAAAAACGUUUUGCAAAGCGAUUGAACAUUAGAAGGGUCGCAGAUGACAGGACGUUCCAUACGGUAGUUUUGCAGCUACGUAAACCUAAAUUUGUUUUAGGUUUAAAACCUACCUGUUUUCUUAGAAGAGCCCGGAGACUAGGCCUCAGCCACCUGACUGGGAAGCCCUUAGAUCCCAACAACUCUUUGUGGAAAGAAAUAUUCUCAGUCUUAAAUGGAUUCCCUUUUUGGUUUCCACUGGCAGCCCCAUGUACUGGUUUUGCUGGUGAGAGUGAAAUAGUCCUUUUGGUGGAGUUUUGGACAGUCCAUGCCCCAUAGGAUUUUAUACUUUUAGGUCAAAUCUCUUAAUAUACUGGCAAGUUAAAAGAGCUCCAUUUCUUUAAACACACAGGAGAUUGUCUUCUGAGUCCAGCAAUUGUUCAUGUUCUCUGAAUUCUGUCUGAGGUUAUAAUAUCAGUUUUGUGGUAAAGUGACCAAAAAGGAACACACUGCUCCAAAUGAGGUCUUACUAGUGCUCUCUAAUUCUUGAGCUUAAAUUCCAUGGACUUGCAUCUCUUCCCAGACCAUGGUUAGUUCUCUAUAUUGAUUCUCUACUGUGUUUUGAUGAGGAUUAUACUAGAAGAAUCUACAUAAACAUGCAACCCCCUUCAUGCUUAGCUUCUUCUAGCUCUGUACUGGCAUUAAAGGCUCUGGCUUUAAUUAUCAAUAUUUACUAUGAUAUUUAGUAAAUAUGGUCAGUUUCCUGUUGGCUCUGUCACAUUACAGCUGCUUAAAAAUGUCGGCAUUGUGUGGUUUAUAGCACAUGCCUGUUGAUAAACCCUUAAAAUGUGCAUUUCCUGUUUAACCCACAUAUUGAUUCUAAAGUGCGUGUACACUCUUGCUUCAAUUCUCUACCUCGCAGGAUAAUUCUGACGUACAGUCUCACCCCUCCCAGCCCUUCUGUUCUGCCUUCUGUUUUAAAAAAUAUGGAGAAAUAUUGUGUUAAUCCCCAUCAACCCCCCCUCCCCAGCCAUACAUAUGGUUUAAUGCAUAGGCCUCAAGACCUUGCAUUCCAUUUCUUACGCUUGUGCUAUGGAGGUAUAAAAAUGGAUGUUCUUUGUUUUACGUUUGUUCUUAUUGCUGCCCUGGGCUUUCCUGCUCCCACCAGAAUUGGCCUAUUGUGAGUUUCCUGUUCCCCCUCCCCGCCUAGUUCCCUAGUUUUAAACACUCCUCAGCUGCCCUGCGUAACUCCCCCUCUCUGGCCCGGAGUCUCCUGUCUCCUCUGCACAGAGGCACGCACACACUACGCCUAGAAGACAUGAGGACACGUAUCUGCUUCUUAACUCCUAGGAAAGCUAAACCUGAGCGAGGAAAAAAAGGAAAAGGUGAAAACAAAAGCACAAAACAUUUGGUUUCUUACUGAGUUACGGUCAUUUGAGUAAAGCUGUCGCAGCUUCAGACUGCCUGUCGGCUUUGUGUAAAACUCUUGCUGGUUUGGACUGGAUUGCUCCCGUGGAGCAUACUGGAAAACUCGGUAAUCAACUUGGGGAACUAUGCCUCCUGUAAGCAACUAGAGACAAUUCCCAGCAAAGGCAGUGGCUUAAGUGAAAUGGGGACGGAUGCAGAACUGAAACGGUCUAAACCGUGAUCGACAGUAGAAACGUCCUUCUCCGGUACUGUAUUCAACACAGUCCACACGUAGUCCUGUUGCUUUUACCAGAAAAUAAAUAGCAUUUAGCAUUUUCCAUAUUAACAUGGGCUUUUUAUGGUUGGUGUACAACUAGUUCUGUAUUUGAAAGUGCCUUUGCAGCUCCAUACCACAGCAACCAUCAAAAAAGUUUAUUUAUUUUUUAUUAUAUUUUUUGUUGGGGGGUGGGGGUGGGAGGGGGUUCGAAAUGUCAGCAGUUGCUGCAAAUAUGAAGAAUUUAAAGUGUCAAUUUAGAACGUUGUAUAGAUGUAAAUAUUUUUUUAAUUAAUCACUGUGUAUAUUUGAUUUAUUAACUUAAUAAUCAAGAGCCUUAAAAUAUCAUUCCUUUUUAUUUAUAUGUAUUGUUUAGAUUUGAAGGUUUUGAUAGCUUUGUAAGCUUACAGCUUCUUUAUUUUUGAUGAAAAUUUGUUUCAUGUUGCCUAAAUGCCAAAAUUUGAAGUGUUCUAGAAAGAAUAGUUUAUUUUUUAACAAUAGGAUGGGCAUUUUUUUGCCCGGAAAAAAAAAGGGUUUUGUACGUCAGAUGUUUGAAACGAUUUAUAUAGUAUCAAUUUUGCCAGGACAUCUUUUUGUAAAGUACCUAAGGCAUGUGAGAAAAAAAGGAGAAUGAAUAUAGUUUUGCUGCUUUGGGUUUUAGAAAAAGGUAGUGACAGACACAAUUUGCCAUAAAGAAAACAUUUUAAGGGAACAAAAUAGUGUAGCUGAUCUGUUGCAUGUUAAAAACACAAAAGUGCAAGGUGUUUGGAAAGGAAAAAAGUACAUCCUUGUAAAAUCCUGUUUUUCCUCAUUAUAUAAUGAACCAUAUGUACAUCUAUUUUUUGUAAUUACUUUCUGCUUUUAUUAGCAAAAUGUAAUAAGCUAGACAGUGAAUACUUGAACAGUAGAACAUCCAAUGGGAACAUUUUAGAACUGCAACCACACAAAUGGCCUUGCCUAACUGAGGAAUCGGUGCUUUUGCUGUGCAUUUCUUUCCUUUUCUUAAGAGGCUCUUCAGUCAUGUUAAUCUCAUUCGUUAACCCUUCAGAUCCUGGAGAUAUUUUGUGUACAUUGACAUUAGUGUUAAGAACUUGAGAAUGAUUUUUUUGAGGUGUUGUUCCUGGCAGUGAAUUUUUUUGAAAGUAAUAUUUAUUAAAUAUUUUGUACGAAAAGAGAA